AUGUCCGUGAAUGUUGAAAAUUCAACAAAUUAUGUCCAACCUCAGGGAAAUAAAUAUACGUUUCAUUAUAAUCAAGAUUACGAGAUCAGAUCCUUUGAUGACAAAUUGUUGACCUUAAGACGCACCGAGG